UUCUGUGGUUAAUUUAAUUUAAUUUAUGUGCUUGUGCUUUCAUAGACUGAUGAAGGGCGAUCACACCGUAAAAGAACGAAUGUGAAAGUCGUUGGUAUAAAUAUGAUGAGAGAGGUAACUUGAUUCACAAUGGAUGCUUUUAGGAACACGAACGUUUUCGCCUUUUCGACUAACGCGAAAUUUCAUUCAUUUAAUCGGCCAAUGGGAAAGACCUUACGCGAUUUCGACUCGGACGAACUUCAUUUAUGUGCUUCUGCUUUUAUAAAUAGGAUUUUUUUAUUUAUGGGAGGCUUUCAAGUUGUUACAACUGGAGAUGAAUUUAAAAGGGUGAAAUACUCUUAAGGUGAGUUGGGUAUUACUGACUUAAUGAGUAUUGACAGAACUUGUCCUAAUUUCUGAAGUAUUUUUAUCUCCAUCUGGUCAGUGGUUCGCAGUCCACUCAAAAAAUGUAGGUCCACUCGUGUUCUCACAUGAGGAUGCGAAGAUAAAUAAACACCACAACCAAAUUAUUGUCAGUAUCUAUGGGGAGAAACCUAAAACAGCAAAAAAAAAGCAAGACGAUGAAUGAGACAAAACAAGUGCUGGUAUGCAAUGACGAGGUACACCAUAGUCGAAAGCUUCACUUAGUGAUACUUAGAAGACAACACUUUUUUUUCCAUGUGGAUACCAUGAAGUUCACAGUCCAACAGUCUAACUUAUACUAAACAAAAUUUGGUCUCGUGGGUUUUACGUUCAGAUCGAUAUUACACGAUGAAUAAUUGAUACACAACUAUUUCGAUAAUAUUUUUUUAUACUUUUCAAUAUUAAAAACAGUGUGACAAGUAAGGUGUGCAUAAAUAGUUAAUCUGAUAAACAUUGUCACGGGUAUAAGCAGAAACACGCAAGCGAUCCUGUGAAUGUUCACAAUGGAGUUAUUCUUAGCAACCGAACGACAUUAGAACUGGUACUCCCAUGCAGUACACAGGGACAAUUCAUAAUCUACAAUGGAAUCAAGAUAUGCAUUACGCCCUUGGAUUUUCGAAGUUGUGGUGCCGAGCCAUAGGUGUCUGGCCAUGGCAACGAAACGAGAUGGCAUCUAUGGUACGAUUUGGAGUAUUGUUCACAGUUGAGGUGGCGGCCGCUACAUCGCUAGUAGAAGUAUUAUUCAUGUACGGAAACUGUGGAUCACUGUCAGAUUUGAUAGACGGCUUAUCAGCAAUGCUUACGUUCGUUAUCACAGCGUUAAAAGUUCUUCUCCCCUGGAUCCAACAAGGACGAAUGCGCUAUAUCAUGCAGUCCUUAAUGAACGAUUGGGCAAAUGUCGGUGAACCCAGAAAUCGACGGAUCAUGAAUCAAUAUGCGAUGCUAGGUCGUUUGGCCUACAUUAUUCAAAUAAGUGGAACAUUCCUGGGUUGCUUGCAGUUAAUAGUUCUUCGACCUCCUACAUUCAGUACUGGAUCGUCUCCGAAUGCUAGUUCAUUACCGCGGAGUCUCGUAAUGGGACCUUCAUGCUGGGCUCCCCAUCCCAUGCCCAUGAGCUUAUACUUGUUACACUAUUAUUUGACAUUUCUUGCCAUCUUCGGUGUCGUUAUUAUAUACCCGGGGUGCGAUUCGUUCAUGUUCAGUACUGUAUUACAUCUGUGCGGUCAAUUUGACGUUCUCAAUGCAACUCUUGACGAAGUCUCUGACGAUUACAGCGAUCGUGAACGAAAGCGUAGGAUCAGGGAAUAUUCGAUACGACAUAAUCGGUUACUAGUACUGGGUCAUCAACUCAAUCAUACAGUUGGGUUAAUUAUUUUGUCUGAGCUCUUCAGCAAUGGCCUCCUCAUCUGCAUUUCAGGAAUUGCUAUUUUUUCUAACAUUAAGAAGGGAAACGUUAAUAAUGAUGAUAUCAACUAUGGACUGAGAAUAUAUGUUUGGUAUUGUGAACUGUUCAUGUACAGUUAUGUCGGUGAAAGGCUUGCCAAUCAGGUUGAUAAACUUCAAAACACCGUAUACAAUUGUCCCUGGUACAGUAUGCCAGUGAGCAUUGUCAAAGAUAUAAAAUUCAUUAUGAUGAGUAAUAAUUCCUUCUGUUAUUUAACCGCCGGUGGAAUUUUCGUAAUGAAUUAUGAGACUUUCAAAGAAAUUACUAGACUGAUGUUUUCAUGCUUCUCUGUUCUCAAAUUAGUAUUAGAGUGGCAGUUUGCAGUAAUUGCAUCGAUGGAAUUGUCGAGACUGUCGCAAUUGUUGGAUCUGCUGAUUUGGAGCAAUUACUACAUGAGAAUGUUAUUGUUUAAUUACAAAUGUGACUUUUACACUAACAACAAAACUCAUCUCCACCAGAGGUUGAUAUUCUCGACAUUCAGUUGCUCUAAAUAUACGGAAGCCAACGGAACAGGUACUUCAAUGGAGCAUAAACUAACAACUCAUGAGUUGCAAUGGAAUCGAGAUAUGCAUUACGCUCUUGAUUUUUCAAAGUUAUGGUGCAAUACUGUAGGGGUUUGGCCACUGCAAAGGAAUAAACUGUCGAACAUGCGAUUUACAAUGUGUUUUGGAAUUGAGGUUGCAGCAGUUGUAUCGCUACUACAAAGACUAUUCACCCACGGAAACUGUGGAUCAGUGACAGGUUUCAUAGACGGCAUAUCGGCGAUCCUCGGGUUAACGAACGCAGCGUUGAAAGUCUUUUGUCCCUGGCUGCAGCGAGACCGAAUGCACUAUAUUAUCCAAUCAGUAAUGGAAGAUUGGUCGAAUGUUUACGACAACAGGCGCCGUCAAAUUAUGCGCCGCUACGCCUUUUGGGGCCGUUUAGCCUUCAGCUGUCAAAUUAUUGCAGCCCUAGUGAUUGUGCUGGAAUUUAGCGUAACUCGGCCUCCAUGUUUCACUUCUGAAACAUUUAGGAACACUGGGUUAUCAACGCGGAACCUCCUGCUGGGACCUUCAUGCUGGAUUCCCGACGCCAUGUCCAUCCGUUUAUACUUGUUAUAUUACUUCUUGGUAUUUUUCGGCUUGUACAGCGCCGCUAUAAUACUUCCCGGAUGUGAUGCUUUCAUGUUCAGUGCUGCGUUGCACCUCUGCGGCCAAUUUGAAGUGCUCAACGAGAGUCUUAAACAUAUGCCUGAUGAUGAGAGCGAUUUGGACCGCAAACGCAGGAUCAGAGAGUACUCGAGGCGUCAUAAUAAGCUACUAACGCUGGGUAAUAUACUCAACGACGCAGUCGGGUUAAUUAUGUUUUCCGAACUCUUCAGUAAUGGCGUCCUUAUUUCCCUUUCAGGAAUUGCAAUUCUGACUAGCGUUAAGAAGGGGAAAGUGGAUAGUUAUGAUGUCAACUUUGGAGUAAGAAUAAUUAUUUGGUAUGGUGAACUAUUCAUAUACAGUUAUAUCGGUGAAAAGCUUGCCCGUCAAUCUGAAAAACUACAAAAUACACUAUACAAUUGUCCGUGGUAUAGUAUGUCGGUGAACGUUGCCAAGGAAAUUAAAUUUAUUAUGAUGCGAAAUAAUUCCUUCUGUUAUUUGACCGCCGGUGGAAUUCUCGUAAUGAAUUAUGAGACUUUCAAGGACAUUACGAGAAUCAUGUUUUCAUGCUUUUCGGUUCUAAAAGUAAAAUUAGAAUGAUAGAGAUGGAUCAUCGAAUACUCUCAACAAACGCUGAAGGUCAUCGAUUUACAGGAUGAGGUUGAAGUUUAAGAAUUGUAAUUAAAUUGAAUUGAGAAAAAAAGAAAAAUGAUGAAUUUCGAAAAAUUCGUUGAGCUGAUGGUCGCUAAUGACUUGUAUUUUCUGAGCAGCAACUCAAGUUCACUAUGACGAUGGGACCACUUGAUUGUGAACUUGUUCGACACUGAUUUUAGGUAUAUUAAGACGCAAAUAUUUGGUGGUGCUCACUACUUCCUGACUAGAAACUUAGUAAAGUGAACCCGCUGUCACAUCAGGUCCAGAUACGGCUGCUUGAUUUCAAAAGUCAGGUCCUCGUCAGGUUACCAAGGGCUUGGGACAUCAGGACCUUGUCCGGAGUGCAACGAACUGUCAAGCCCAGGCCUCACCAGGUGAUUGGCUCUGGACCUGAUAAGGCAACCUUCUAAGGUCUCAUUCCGAAAAAUAUGAAUCUGCCUUAUCCAGUAAAUUAAUAAUUACUGAAAUAAUUAUUUCACUAUUGAUUUAUAACGAUGUGUAUACCAUUACCGAGUGCUCCAACGGUAUUAAUUACGUAUCAAUUUUUUUAGUCGGAUUGACGAAAUCAAAUAAUCCAGAAAAAAUUUCACUCACUCCUGGGAUGGAUCCCGGAAAAAUUACGGUUGUUGCAUAAUUAGUUUUAUUUUCAAUAACUAAAGAUUCGUUCUGAGACAGAAGGUAUCAGGUGAACAUAUAUACAAAAGAAGUAACUGCUAAAGAAAAGAAUUCCGAUCACUGACCCAGAGAAUCCGAAUGUACGAGUAUUUAUUGCCGCGUGGAUUCGUAUGACAUUAGGUCAUUCGACCCCAUGUUACAUGUAACGUGCAGGGUGACGCACUGAAGGCCAGUUUCGGGGUGCAAAUCGCUGCCGCUGCGCCCCAGUUAUCUACAUAAGUCGAAUAUACGUGGAUUUAUUCACAUAUAUAUAUAUAUUUUUUAUUUUUUUCAUUAAGCGUUUUUAAACCUGGUGGGUUGAAUUUGCAUACAAAUGAUAGGAUACAAGGCGGUUACAUUGAUCUUAAAUUCUUAUCAAAGAUUUUUCUAGUAAUUCACUAAUGAUCAAAAUGGAUUUUUUCUCUAGUCUGGCCAAAAAUUCCCCAGAAUAGUACGGUGAUUCACAUAUAUUCGCCGUGUAUUUUAAUUUCUGUUUCAACAUAUUUUUAAUUCCGAACAAUACCUGCCACUUUUGUGUCCUCGUGUUCUCUGGAUUACGAAACAGAAAUGUUAUGGAAUUUUGGGGUAUA